GCUCUGGCGGAUGCGGUUCGUCCGAAGAGGCGAAGGGUAGUGGUGAAGACCGGAGUCGGCCGAGGUGGAAGCUCGUCCGUGGCGGUCGGAGAUAUUGGCGUCUCUGUUGCUCAACCGCCGCCGGUGCAGCCUAUGGCGGCUCCAGCUGAUGUGGCCGGGAGGAGAGGCUCCAAGAGGGUGGCUGAGAAGACCGCUCUCGGUCAAGCUAGCCAAAGAGCGAAGGCAAGUUCUCCGCCUCGGAAGGCGGCUGGUCGGGGAAAGGGCGUGAAGCGCGGGGAGGAACAGAGUUCUAUAGAGGUGUCGACUCAGGCGGCCACGGAUGGGGAGGCGGCUGAGUUUGCUUUGCACACUAUUAGUGAUCAUCUCGUUAUGCCUUCCGAGUACACCCCUUCAGCUUUGGACAGUCACAGGAGACUUGCAGAGACCGCUUCGCGGUUCUUCUUUUCGGCUCAGAUUGGGUUCUCGCAGGUCAUUCUGUUGAAUGACCGCCUGUCCCGGACUGUGGAGGACAAUGCCGUUGAGAUAGCGAAACUGAAGAAAAGCGCCGAUGAAGGGCGGGAGACUAUGAUGGGUAAGUUGAGACCGCAGGUAAAGCGUGAGUUUGAGGAGCGACUGGCCAAGAAGGAGGAGGAGUUGCUGGCCGAGAAGGGGGCGGUCAAGGCUGUCGGUGAAGAGAGGGACCGCUUCCGCGAGAAGGCCCUAAAGUCUGCGGAGCUGGAGAAGACCCUGCUGGAAGAACAGGAGGCGCUGCGGACAGAGCUGGCCGCCUUGAAGAUUGAGAAGGCGACUUGGGAAGAUAACCGCGAGGCGGAGCUGGCCGCCGCCCGGGCUGAGGCGGGACCCGCCUACUUGAAGUCAGAUGAGUUCGUGUUGCUUGACAACGAGAAGUACAAGUCCAUGGUGGGCAAUGCGGUGGCUGCCAUCAGGCACUGGUUCCGUCGUGAGCAGCCUGACGCGGUUUGGAACACGGAUCAGAUUUGGGACGCCGUUGGUGCGUGGACCGAUUCCGAUGUCAACUCGGAAAAAGACGAAGGAGAAGAAGAUGAAGAGACCGCCCCUGAGGGUGGCGCAUCUCCUCAAGUUUAAGAUGCCUUGUGUAUGUUUCUCAGUUUGCUUUGUGACAUUUGCUACUCGAGGACCGCUGGAUGUCCUCUAUUUUGUGCACGUUUUGCCCCUUAAUCGUGGUGAUGGGGGUUGUAUGCUACUUCGAAUUUGGCAUUGGCGUGCCUUGUGAACUUGUAACGUUCUCUUUUGCACAUUUGAAGCGUUGAACCGCCACCGUUUGGUGCCGCGGGUUAUCUCCGA